CUCCUCUCUGCUACUGCUCGUCUUCAAAAAGCUUCAAAAUAAUCUUUCACAUAUUUUGUACUCUCCCAGAAAAACUGAAGAGAAAAAGAAAAUUAAAGAUGAAAGUUGGAUCUCGUGAAUUUGUGGCUGUUAUAUUGCUUGCAUUCUUUUGUAACCCGGAUCCCGUGUUUGGAAUUAGAUUCGUAAUCGACAGAGAAGAAUGCUUCUCUCACGAUGUUAAGUACGAUGGGGAUACAAUUCAUGUGUCGUUCGUCGUCAUCAAGUCCGAUUCGUCUUGGCAUAACAGUCAUGAGGGUGUUGAUCUUGUGGUGAAAGGACCUUCCGGUGAUCAGAUUCAAGAUUAUCGGGACAAGAUAAGCGAGAAAUUCAAGUUUGUUGCUCGUAAAAAAGGAGUCCACCGUUUCUGCUUCAGCAAUAAAUCUCCUUAUUACGAAACGGUCGACUUCGAUGUACAUGAAAGUCAUUUUUCGUACUAUGAUCAGCAUGCAAAGGAUGAGCAUUUCGACCCUUUGUUAGAACAAAUAUCUAAGUUAGAGGAAGCCCUUUAUAACAUCCAGUUCGAACAGCACUGGUUAGAUGCUCAGACAGAACGUCAGAAAAUUGUAAAUGAUGGAAUGAGUAGAAGAGCAGUUCACAAGGCCUUAUGCGAAUCUGCAGCACUAGUUGGAGCUAGUGUUCUGCAAGUUUACCUACUCCGACGCCUUUUUGAACGAAAGCUUGGAAUGUCCCGGGUUUAGUUCUAGCACUGAACUGCAAUGUUUUAUUAGUUAUAGGAUACUGCAGAUUGUUGUCACCUCAGGCACUUGAUAUAUACAUUGAUUCAUGAAAUCGCUGACAUUUUCUGUUA